GUUUAGCGUCCUGCAUUCAGCAGCUCUGAACUGUCUCUGGAGGAACGGUUACCCUAACUGGACUGUUUAUUAAAGGAUCCACACCAGAGGAGGAAGCUCCGCCCACCCAUCAGUCCAUCAUGGCUGACAUCAAGAACUUCCUGUACGCCUGGUGCGGGAAGAAGAAGAUGACUCCUAGCUACGACAUCCGGGCUGCAGGGAACAAAAACAGGCAGAAGUUCAUGUGUGAGGUCCGCGUUGAGGGCUUCAACUACAUCGGGAUGGGAAACUCCACCAACAAGAAGGACGCUCAGUCCAACGCCGCCCGGGACUUUGUCAACUACCUGGUCCGGAUCGGGGAGAUGAGUGCAGCAGAGGUUCCUGCUUUAGGAGUGAGCGCUCCUCAAGGAGAUAUACCUGACGGAGGAGGAGGAGGAGAAGGAGGUGGCUUUGGAGUGCUCCCAUCCAGUGGACCUUUGCCUCCUCAUCUUGUUGUCAAAGCUGAGCAGGAAGAGGGCGGCGGUGGAGGGCCGAUACCAGGAGUGACUGGGCUCGGUUACUCAGGAGGAGGAAACUCAGGGUGGAGAGGGGGAGGAGGGGGGGGAGGGGGAGGAGGGGGAGGAGGAGCGGACUGGGACAGAGGAGCCAACCUGAAGGAGUACUAUGCCAGGAGAGACGAGCAGGAGGCCCAGGCUACUCUGGAGUCCGAGGAGGUGGACUUGAAUGCUAAUCUCCAUGGUAACUGGACGCUGGAGAACGCCAAGGCCCGUCUGAAUCAGUUCUUCCAGAAGGAGAAAACCAGCGCUGAGUAUAAAUACAGCCAAGUGGGACCGGACCACAACAGGAGCUUCAUAGCAGAGAUGCAGCUGUUUGUGAGACAGCUCGGCAGAAGGAUCACGGCCAGAGAGCACGGCUCCAACAAGAAGCUGGCGGCUCAGUCGUGCGCUCUCUCUCUGGUGCGUCAGCUCUACCAUCUCGGGGUGAUCGAGGCGUACUCAGGCGUCACCAAGAAGAAGGAGGGAGAAACGCUGGAGGCCUACGAGGUCAGCGUGAGUCAAGACCUGCAGCAGCAGAUCGCCGCUGUCGUCCAGGAGCUCGGAGUCCAGAUCCCUCCUCCUCCUGCAGACCCCAGCAGCUCGGUGUCUCUCGUUCAAGGAAAGAUGGUGAUGUUUGAGCCGUCCCAGCGCCAGAGCGGAGCCGGGGUUGUCCCAUGGUCGCCUCCGCAGGUCAACUGGAACCCGUGGACCAGCAGCAACAUCGACGAGGGACCACUGGCCUUCUGCACUCCUGAGCAGAUCAGCGGUGACCUCCACAACGAGCUGAUGUACCAGCUGGAGCAUGACGAGAACCUGCAGAAAGUCUUGGCAGAGCGAGAUCAGCUGCCCGUCAAACAGUUUGAGGAGGAGAUCAUGGACGCCAUCGACAACAACCCUGUGGUGAUCAUCAGAGGAGCGACAGGCUGUGGGAAAACCACCCAGGUCCCUCAGUACAUCCUGGACCGCUUCAUUAAAGGAGGAAGAGCGUCGGACUGCAACAUCGUUGUCACCCAGCCCAGACGGAUCAGCGCUGUGUCGGUGGCCGAGCGAGUCGCCUAUGAGAGAGGAGAGGACCUCGGGAAGAGCUGUGGCUACAGUGUCCGUUUUGAGUCCGUCCUCCCUCGCCCUCACGCCAGCGUCCUUUUCUGCACCGUCGGUGUUCUGCUGCGAAAGCUUGAAGCAGGAAUCCGAGGCAUCAGCCACGUUAUUGUUGAUGAGAUCCACGAGAGAGACAUCAACACGGACUUCCUGAUGGUGGUCCUCAGAGACGUGGUCCAGGCCUACCCGGAGGUCCGUGUCAUCCUGAUGUCAGCCACCAUCGACACCACCAUGUUCAGAGAAUACUUCUUCAACAGUCCCAUCAUCGAGGUGUUUGGACGCACCUUCCCUGUCCAAGAGUAUUUCCUGGAGGACUGCAUCCAGAUGACCAACUUCGUUCCUCCUCCGAUGGACCGUAAAAAGAAAGACAAGGACGAGGAGGGAGGGGAUGAUGACACCAACUGUAAUCUGAUCUGCGGGCCGGAUUACACGGUGGAGACGAAGCGUUCGAUGGCUCAGAUUAACGAGAAGGAGACGUCCUUCGAGCUGGUCGAGGCUCUCCUGAAGUACAUCGAGACCCUGAAUGUGGCCGGGGCCGUGCUCAUCUUCCUGCCCGGCUGGAACCUGAUCUACUCCAUGCAGAGACACCUGGAGACCAACCCACACUUUGGAAGUAACCGGUACCGGAUCCUGCCACUUCACUCCCAGAUCCCCCGCGAAGAGCAGAGGAGGGUUUUUGAACCGGUCCCUGAAAGCAUCACCAAGGUGAUUCUGUCCACCAACAUCGCAGAGACGAGCAUCACCAUCAACGACGUCGUCUACGUCAUCGACUCCUGCAAGCAGAAAGUGAAGCUCUUCACCUCACACAACAACAUGACCAACUACGCCACCGUCUGGGCCUCCAAGACCAACCUGGAGCAGAGGAAAGGCCGAGCCGGCAGAGUCCGACCCGGCUUCUGUUUCCACCUCUGCAGCCACGCUCGCUUUGAGAGACUGGAGACUCAUAUGACCCCGGAGAUCUUCAGGACUCCGCUGCAUGAGGUCGCUCUGAGCAUCAAGCUGCUCAGACUCGGGUCCAUCGGACACUUCCUGUCCAAGGCAAUCGAACCGCCGCCGCUGGACGCCGUCAUCGAGGCGGAGCAUACUCUGAAAGAGCUGGACGCCCUGGACACCAACGAGGAGCUGACCCCUCUGGGUCGGAUUCUGGCCCGCCUGCCCAUCGAGCCUCGUCUGGGGAAGAUGAUGAUCAUCGGCUGCAUCUUCCAUGUCGGAGACGCCAUGUGCACCAUCUCGGCCGCCUCCUGUUUCCAGGAGCCAUUCAUUAACGAGGGGAAGCGCCUCGGCUUUGUCCACAGAAACUUUGCAGGCAGCAGAUUCUCCGACCACGUGGCUCUGCUGUCCGUGUUCCAGGCCUGGGACGACGUCCGGGUUAACGGUGAGGACGCAGAGACCCGUUUCUGCGAGCACAAGCGUCUGAACAUGGCGACUCUGAGGAUGACGUGGGAGGCCAAAGUGCAGCUGAAGGAGAUCCUGGUGAACGCUGGAUUUCCUGAAGAGACUCUGAUGACCCAGAUGUUCAACACGAUUGGACCCGACAACAACCUGGAUGUGGUUGUGUCCCUGCUGACCUUCGGCUCGUACCCCAACGUCUGCUUCCACAAAGAGAAGAGGAAGAUCCUGACCACGGAGGGCCGCAACGCCCUCAUCCACAAGUCCUCCGUCAACUGUCCAUUCAGCAGCCACGACAUGACCUACCCCUCCCCGUUCUUCGUCUUCAGCGAGAAGAUCCGGACCCGAGCGAUCUCGGCUAAAGGGAUGACUCUGGUCAGUCCUCUGCAGCUGCUGCUCUUCGCCUGCAAGAAGAUCAGCUCAGACGGAGACAUCGUGGAGCUGGAUGACUGGAUCAAGCUGAGGAUUCCUCACGAGGUGGCGGGCGGUGUAGCGGCACUGCGGGCCGGUCUGGAGGCUCUGGUGGUGGAGGUGACCAAAGAUCCUGAAUACAUCCGACAGAUGGACCCCAGCAACCAGAGACUCCUGAACCUGAUCAGACACAUCUCCAAACCGUCGGCAGCUGGACUGAACAUGAUGAGCAGCAACCAGAGGAUGGGAGACGGUCCUCGACCUCCAAAGAUGGGACGCUUCGAUGGUGGAGGAGGGGGAGGGGGAAGAGGAGGUUACGGGGGAGGAGGAGGGUACCGAGGUGGUGGUUAUGGAGGAGGAGGAGGAUACCGAGGAGGAGGAGGCUACAGGGGAGGAGGAGGAUACGGAGGGGGAGGAGGAGGGUACAGAGGAGGAGGAGGGUACGGGGGAGGUGGUGGCUACAGAGGGGGCGGAGGAUACAGAGGAGGAGGAGGAGGAUAUGGCGGAGGGGGUGGUGGUGGUGGCUACAGAGGAGGGGGAGGAGGAUACAGAGGGGGAGGAGGGGGAGGAUACAGAGGGGGAGGAGGGGGAGGAUACAGAGGAGGUUAUUAA